UAUCCAUCUUUCUGGUUUUAAAUUCUCGUGAUGUGUAACUUAACCACGGUUAAGUCUUUAGCAGCUGUUGAGAUCUUUCCACGUGUAUCAAUCUCGUGGCCACUCUCCCACUAUAAAUCAGGACCUCGUCGCUGAUUCAUCCACAAAGCUUGCGUUUUUGAUCUAAUAGACAAUGGCGUUCCCAAAGGUUUUCUUCGACAUAAGCAUCAACGGCCAGGCAGCGGGAAGGAUCGUGAUGGAGUUGUAUACGGAUAAGACUCCGAAGACGGCUGAGAAUUUCAGAGCUCUGUGCACUGGAGAGAAGGGAGUGGGGCGUAAGGGAAAACCCCUUCACUUCAAGGGAUCCUCCUUCCACCGAGUGAUCCCCAAUUUCAUGUGCCAGGGAGGUGAUUUCACCGCCGGGAACGGGACAGGAGGUGAGUCCAUCUACGGUGAUAAGUUCGAGGACGAGAACUUUGAGAGGAAGCACACCGGUCCCGGUAACCUUUCCAUGGCGAACGCCGGAGCUAACACCAACGGAUCUCAGUUCUUCAUCUGCACCGUAAAAACAGAUUGGCUUGACGGUAAGCACGUGGUGUUCGGGCAGGUGGUGGAAGGGUUAGACGUGGUGAAGGCGAUCGAGAAGGUGGGAUCGUCGUCUGGAAAGCCGUCGAAGCCGGUGGUUAUCGCCGAUUGUGGACAGCUCUCUUAGAUGAUCUCUCAUCCAUCCCUCAUUAUAAGUAGCGUCAGCGUCCUUGUCCUAUGUUAUAUAUGUUUGGUGUCUCGUUUGUAUGUGUAGUCAUCAUCAUAUAAGCUUGGUGUGUGUUCUCAUGGCAGUCUUUUGGAUUGCUAGAGAGAAACUCGUCACCCUAAUUACCUACUACCAUAAAUAAAGAGCUUUAAAAAUAUUGAACAUCUUGCAAUAAA